AUGGUGGACCUGAAUGCCCUCCGGAUUGAGAACGGAGUUCAAAAAAAAUCGUCCCUGCAGGUCCAUGCUGUCCGGUUUGGUCCAGGCCAGGAGCUGCUGGGCUCUCUGCAGGCGUUUGUGGAGGAGCGGCAACUCAGAGCACCGUUCAUCAUCACCUGUGUUGGCAGUGUCACCAAAGCAACACUCAGGCUGGCAAACGUUACGUCAACAAACACAAACGAGGUGAUCCACCUCAGCGGCCGGUUUGAGAUCGUCUCUCUGGUUGGCACACUGAACCCGGAUGCCCACCUCCACAUCUGUCUGUCAGACAAGGAGGGCAGGACGGUCAGCGGUCAUGUGCUGGGGGACCUGGAGGUGUUCACCACAGCUGAGGUGGUCGUGGGCGAGGCGGUCGACCUGCAGUUCACCAGACAGAUGGACGUAGGGACGGGUUUCCCUGAACUUGUAGUUCAGUCACACUCCCAGGUGAAAGAAUGAGCCUGACUGGACUGGAGGUAUCAGCUCCGGUGUGGCUUUUGUUGGUUAAAGUGAUCGGUGCCAAAAAAGAAGUGAUGAAACAAGCUGUGCCUUUGAUACUAUGAGCUUUGAACAGUAAACAGGAAAUUAUUUUUACAUGUUUCAAAAUGAAAUCUCGUCCAUUUCAGAGUGAUCUGGAUGGAGCAUAAGGUUUCCUCCAGUCAUGAUUAAAGACACGGACAAUGUCUCUGCUAUGAAUAAAAACCUGGCAUCUCAUAGUCUUUUUAUAUAUAAAAAUCCAUUUGAAGAUUUAAAAAUUUGUGCAUAAAAAUAAGUGAUUGGUGAAGUGAAUAUAAAAAAUUAACUUUGACCAAUAAAUAGAAUAAAGCUUCAUGGUAACAUCUGUCUGCAGUCAGUCAAAAGUCUCUGAAGUUGAUUUUUAUGGCUGCCUGGAAGAAAAUCACUCCAUGUAAACUAAACAAAUGCUUUGUAAAAACAUUUAUUUGCCAUCAGUGAAUAAAAAAAAUGCAACAACCACCAGUUUGGCCCCAGUCAGGAC